AGUAGUUUUGGCGUGGGAGUCCAACUAUAGUACCCUUUUUUUGUACACCUCCUACGACGAACCGGGGAUUUGAUAGAUACAGGGUCGAUUCAUUUCGAUGGCCUCAAUGUCGAUUGACCAGAAGGAUAUUCCAUUGGAGAAUAAAAAUGAUCGCAAGACCUCCGUGGAGGAAUCGGGCCUCGGCGAUGUCAACGAUGUUGUGCUCGACCCAAAGAAGGAGAAGAAGCUCCUUAUGAAGCUCGAUAUAGCUUUUGUGCCCAUUAUUAUGUUGACUUACCUAUCGUGCUUUUUGGAUCGCACGAAUAUAGGUAAUGUCAAAGUCGCUGGAAUGCCCGAGGAUAUUGGCGCCUCCGAGACUCAGUUCUCCACCGCCGUGUCUAUUUUCUAUGUAACAUAUGUGCUUCUCGAAUCACCUUGGGCUGUGUUGAUGAAAAAGCUCACCCCUCGCAAUAUCCUUACUGGACUGUGCAUCGUCUGGUCUCUCGCGACGAUUUUUACGGGAUUCGUGCAGAAUGUCGCUGCGCUCUACGCCACAAGGUUGAUUCUAGGUGCUUGUGAGGCGGGGCUUUUCCCUUGCCUAAACCUGUACCUGACAAUGGUCUACCGACGAGAAGAGCAGGCGAAGCGCGUCUCCUAUCUUUUCAGCUGUGCAGCUAUCUCCGGUGCGGUCGGGGGCUUACUGGCCUAUGCACUGCUGCAUAUGGAUGGAAUAGGAGGAAAGGCCGGAUGGAGAUGGGUCUACAUCAUCGAAGGCCUUUUCAGCAUCCUCUGCGCUAUCCUCAUCUGGUUCGGUCUCCCCAAUAACCCAGCAGAGUCCUACUUCCUCACGGCGGAAGAAAAAUGGAUGAUGCGUGUCCGCAACGAACAACGCCGCAAAUAUAUUGGCAGCGAUAAGUUCAGCUGGGAAGAAAUGUGGCUCGCAUUGCGCGAUCCCAAGCUGGCCUUCAGCGCCGUCACGCAAUUCUGCCAAGAUAUUCUCCUCUACGGUUUCAGCACGUUCCUGCCGACCAUCCUAAAGAGUCUCGGGUAUAAUUCGUUAAUGAGUAACGUGUUGACCGUACCGGUUUAUAUCUGGGCUGCGAUUGUAUUUAUUGCGGUGGCUUAUUGUGCGGAUCGGUUCUCGCGGUUUGCUUCCUACAUCCUCAUUGCCAACAUCUUCGGCAUAAUAGGCUACAUCCUCCUCCUAGCCGUCUCCAGUGACCCUGUCAAAUACUUCGCCACCUACCUCUGCGCCAUCGCCUGCUACACCGGCGUCGGCCUAAACGUCGCCUGGCUUAACGUGAAUGUCGCCCCCCAAUACCGCCGAGCCCUCGAGAUCGGCCUCCAACAGACCAUCGGAAACUGCGCCGGCAUCGUCGCAGGCCAAGUCUACCGCCAGUCCCCUUACGUCCUGGGCAAUGCUUUCUCUCUGGGCUCACUCGUCGUAGCACAGGUUGUAGUCGCUGCACACGCGAUGUAUCUGAAGAAAGAGAAUGCCGAGAAGGAGCGGAUCAUUGACGGGAAGGAGGAUACGCGGCGAGUCAGGACGGGUGACGCGGAUGUGGAGUUUAAGUAUCACUACUAGUUACUUAGUUUUAUUCUAUUCGAGUUCCAAUGGUUCAGGGGCAAGAAUCCUAGAUUGGUUAUGUCAUGGAAGCAACCUUUUCU